UUCAAAAGUUUGUAUUUUUCUCCGAUGUACCAAUCAAACUACUAAAAUAGAAAUUGUCGGUGGUCAGGAGGGAGGAAACAACAUACGUAGGAAUUAGGGUUCGUAUUCUACUCUCAAAAUCCUUAUACUGAUUCCUCUCAAAUCUCAAUGUUCAACGGGAAACCCUCAAAAUUGAGCUAACCAAUGUCAUCUCUAUCACUUUCCCCAGCUCUUGAUAUCCCAAUUUCAUCGGAAUCAAAUUCCUCUGCGACAAUCGCCGAAACUUUGAGCCUAAAAACGGAUGAUCAUCGGUUUUACAAUUGGUUAUUUGAUUGCCAUGGAUUUUGGCACAACUUUUUUCUAAUUUUAUCUUCUGCGUUGUUCUUGUUGUACUUAGCAUUUCAAGCUAAGAAAUGCUACACGAAGCUUUGCAAUGGAAGGUCUCACAUUAUUAACUCGUAUUAUGGAAUUGUUUGGCUUGUUACCCUCCUCAAUUUCGCUUGGUGUUGUCUUCAGAUAUGGGAGUGUACUCCAGGAAAGACGCUAUCAUGGAACCUUCUAUCACUAUUCACUACUUCAGGGUUGCUAUUUCUGGAAGUGAGUUUGAUUGCUUUUCUUCUUCAAGGAAAUUAUACAAGCAGUACAGAAGCUUUGACCCGUACAUUUGCUAUCUCCGCAUUCCUAGUUGGUUUGGAUAUUUGUCUUAAGGGAAUUUAUGUUUUUGCAUUCGGGGUUCCAUUAUUCAUUGAAAGUGAGCAUUCACAUCGAAUGAAAUGGGGUUUGUGGAUUGUGCACAAGUUGGUGCCAACAGCAGUUUAUGGCUUCAUACUUUUCAUGUACCAUUCCAGCUGGAGAGAGAGGUUGCCAGCAAGACCUGCAUAUCACAAGUACAUCACCAUCAUGUUCGGCGUAAAUGGAUUGACACUUUUUGCUUGUUUUCUUAGCGGAACUGGUUUUUGGUUCUGGCUCUAUGAUAUCAUAGAUAUAUGCUACCAUGCAUUAUACCUUCCUCUGAUAUACAAGACAUUUUUAGCAGAUUUUUUCCAGGAGGAAGACUUGAACUUGGAUAAUGUAUACUACUCGGAGAUGAAAGACGCUGGAUUUUUCGAUUCGGAUUGGGAGUGAUGACAAUAAAACUUCGUGUAGGUUGCUUGUAAAUUAGAAUGGCUUGUUUUUGUGGCCCGUCAGUGGCCUGUGGCCCGUGGGUAUAACCGUAUAAAUAAAUAUGUGAGUUUGUCAUUUCUAGAAAACAUGUUAUCUGUUAACUUUCAAGAGACUAAUAUGUAUUGUAAGUUGUAAGUAGAAGGGAUCUUUAACAAUGGGUGUUCUUACUCUUACCCAAAUCCCAUUUACAGACUAAUUAAAACUUCUGUUCCACUUA